AUGUCAGAGAAACGGUCGCCUGAUAUCGAUUUGGCUAGUUUGUAUAAAAGGAAAAAAUGGGUAAGCGAGGAUGGUAUUGAAAAAAAUGCCGUAUAUUGCAAUUUAUGCGGUGAUGCAGGUAAAGCUUUUAAAUGCGAAACCAAUUACAACUUAAAACGGCACAUUGUAAUCAAGCAUCCUGAAAAGGCGAACGAGCUAGGAUUGAUCUCGAGUGAAAAUUUCAUUAACGAUUCCAUUCAAAGUGAUAUUAUAAAGAAGAAAACAAAAAUCACUAUCCAAAUUGACCGUAACGAUUAUAUAAAAUCACUUGUACAGUGGGUUACAGUUUGUAACACCCCAUUGAAUUUUUUUGGUAGAAAAUGUGUACACAAUGUUCUCUACCCGAUUGAAAAUGGUUUAAAACUAAAUAAUACUAACCGACAUAGUACAUUGACCUACGUAGAAAUUACUGCUUCGAAGAUCAUAAAAUUCAUUUCAUCCGAAAUGAAAGAAAAAAUGAUCUGCAUAAAGGCCGAUAUUGCUUCUAGAAAGGGCAGAAGCAUUCUGGGGCUCAACGCACAAUUCAUGAAAAACGGAAGAAUUGUUGUUCGUACGCUGGCGAUAUGUGAAACCGUAGAAAGGAACACGGCACAAAAUAUAAUGGAGGAGAUUUUGAAAACCCUUAGUAUAUUUUCCCUGGAGCUCACGCAAAUUUACAGCAUCACCACGGACAAUGGCAAAAACAUGCUAAAGGCUACCGCGCUUACCCGAGAUCGCCAAGAAAUAGAAGACGUAGUGCCGGCCGAAGAGGACGAAAGCGAUGAAGCAUCGGAUACCGAAAUUGAUCCGUUUGAAUCCGCGGAUGAAGUUGAAAUCGACGUUCCCGGCCAAGAAAAUGGUGAUGCAGAUAUAUCGAGUCCGGAGUUGUUUUGGAAAGACGAUUUUAAGCUGCUUGAACCAAGUUACGAUGAUUUGCCUGUCGUUGAAGGAGCGAAACUGGUAGGAGUCAGGUGUGCAGCGCACACAGUUCAACGGAAGAAGGAGGAGAAGAAGAAGGAGUCAUUGUCUAAAUUUCUCAUUAAGACGAGACAACUGGUAAAAACUUUGAGAGCACAACCGUAUGUUAAUUCGUUCAAACUUGAUAAAACAAAAAGGUUACCGUUUUUUGACGGAGAAACCAGAUGGGGAUCGUCAUAUUUGAUGGUAGAUUGUCUUCAUCAACAGCAAGAAACCAUACACAAUUUAUUGGCACAGAAUUUGCAAAAGCUAUAUAAUGCUAACUAUUGGAAACAAGUGGACCAAUUUGUUGCAGCAGCCAAACCACUUUUCGUUUUGACAAAAAGGAUUCAGGAAGAAGCACUAACCUGCGGAACAUUUUAUCUAUACUGGAAAGAGUGCUGUUUAGAAUUACAAGAUCUUAAAGAUACCCUUGCGAAACAGUUAUUGGAAGCCUUGCUGAAACGACAAUCAAUGUGGUUUGAUAAUCCUGCCUUUUACGCUGCCCUGUACGUGGAUCCUCGAUUGAACGAAUUCUACCCGCCUGUCUUGACACUAGAGCAAAAAGAGGAGGCUAUCGCACAUCUAUUAGCAACAUGGAAGGCCAUCCAAGAUAUAAACGGGAAGCAGAGAACAACAGAUCAAUCAGAACCUUCAACUUCCAAAAGCGUACCACUUCAACGUGUCCAAAAACUUUUAUCGGCCUGCAGACAGUCUAAGCCUGCUGACGAUAUGGAGAAAAAACUCAGACGUCUUCCAUUAGAAGAAUCACUGCCAUUAGACUGUGAUGUGAUUGAAUGGUGGGAAAAACAAAAAAGAAAGGAUUUGGAUCUUUCGGUGCUUGCUCUUACAGUUCUACAGUUGCCGUGCACUCAGGUUUCCGUAGAGCGAUCCUUCAACGGGUUGGGUCAAAUUUUAUCUAAAUUCAGGACAACACUAAGAACAACGCCGUUACAGCAAAUACUAUUUCUAAAAGCCAAUAAUGAUAUCGUUGACCAUACGCAAUUCAAUUUUAAUUGA